CACAACAUCCACACGGACUGUCUUCUGAUUAAGGCGUGAUGCUUUUUGGGCAGAGCGGCUGGAUCAUGUCUCAUCUCAUGUCUUACUUACUGAGGUUGGUAAGAUAAAUGCCUUAAAAAGCUACACCGGCUCGGAGGUACGGAGCACAUGGCACACGGGCGUGAAGCACAUUUCAUCUACGUCAACGAAGACCCUUAUUCAGAUAUGCCUUCUGCUUCAGAAACUAUGGGCAUAGAUAUCCUGAUUUAGCAUUAAUAUUGGACCAUCUUCGCCUUGGUUAUCUAUUUUUGAUAAAUCGGAUAUAUUUAAAGCAUUCUCCCUUCUCGGAAGGUAUAGGAAGCUGAGCUAGAACUGAACGUGGCUGUUACCUAAAUUAUCAACAAGGUUCACCGCUGAACAGGCAUGCACGUCUCUGGGUAGAAAGCUUGAGUGUAACCUUGUUUCCCCGGAUCGUUAAGAGAUGGACCACCAAAAUGCCAAUCUAGCAACGACGUACCGAGAACUCUAUCGCGCAAAGUUUCGGGAUGAUGUGAAAGCGGGUACCAAGACACCGCUCUUGGUUCCGUUACACUUGCUUGGCCUCUGGAUUUUGCCAACCCUGUAUUUGGCUAUACCACACAAGAACCGACCAUGGCUAUAUCGUGCCAGAUGGCUCGUCCUCGCCUUUAUCGUUAUUUUCAACUCUAACAUGAUACUCAACGUCUCGAGCUCCGAUUUUGGUGUUGCUUAUGGCGCUGGACUGAUUGGUGCUUGGGGUAUCGUAUGGACUUUCACGUUGCUCAUAUGGACCAGACCACAGUGGGAAGCCAAAAGAGUAAAUAUCAGAAGAAAAAGGAGGCCGGAGGACGUGAAGAGUAAUUUCCUUGCAGAGCCAAAGGCCCAUGUAUCACCUCAAACUCUAGGAAAUGGUCAUGCUCUUACGAAUAAACAGCAGAACGGGAACUGCACCAAAGAGAGCUCUAGAGAGGAGCCCAAAACAACUGGCUUAGAAGUAAACGGACAUGGAAACAACGACAAUGGAUCGCCUCAUUGCAUUAAGGAAAGACGGAUACAUGCCGAGACGUUGAAGCUGCCUGAGAAAGGAACCGAUAUCUCGGAAGCAUCAUCGUCACUACAAGAAAACGGAAAUGGUGUCCAUUCAGCAGCAGAACUCGAAAAGCUAGCAGCCGAACAAGAAUUCGAGUACUACUGGCAAGAAUAUCCAGCGAACGACUCCUUUUGGACCCGGCUAGACUGGGCAUUCGACAUCGUCAGCACAUUCCGCAUGACAGGAUGGAACUGGGCUAUCUCAUCUCUCCCGCCCUACGAACCGCCCCCCAAAGCCGGCGACUACCAACUCCCCCUGAGCUCCGUCGGCCCGCAAAACACGCGGCAGGGGUACUCACGAUACACCUCUUACAAAAAGCUCUUCCUCAACCGAUUCCUGCACCACAUCCUCCCCGCCUACAUCAUCGCGGACUUCUGCGCCGUCUCCAUGACCGCAGACCCGUACUUCAUCCUCGGACCCGAGCACACCAAACCCCUCCCACCACACCUCUCCUCCCUCCCCCCAACCACCCUCUUCCUCCUCCGUACCUUCCUCUCCUUCACCGGCACCCUCAGCGCCCUAGACCUCCUCUUCAACGCCGGCCAGCUCGCCCUCGCCUUCCUCCCACCCUCCCCGCAAAUCCUCCGCUUCCGCACACACCCCUGGCACCUCCCCACCGUCAACGGCUCCUUCGUCCAAGUCCUCGACCGCGGCCUCCCCGGCUUCUGGGGCGCUUGGUGGCACCAGACCUUCCGCUUCGGCUUCUCUGCCCCGACGCAGUAUCUACUCCGCCACGGAUACAUCAGCCCCAACACCCCGGCCGCGAAACUAACCGCCGCUGCUUUCGCGUUCUUGACUUCGGGCUUUCUACACGCGAGUGGUAGCUAUUCCACUGUGCCGACACAUACCCGCUGGUACGCGCCCCCGCUGUUCUUCUUCCUCGCGGGCGUCGGGACCAUGCUGCAGUCGGCAUUGGCGCGUCUGCUGCACGGGUACAUAGCGAAGCUACCCCGGUGGGCGCGGAGGGCGGGGAAUCUAGCGUUUGUGACGGUGUGGAUGUGCGCUACGAGCUGGCUGCUCGUAGACGAUUUCAGCCGCUGCGGGUUAUGGCUUUUCGAGCCCGUGCCUGUUUCCGUGUUCCGCGCCUUUGGACUGGGGCCCGAGGGUGAUAGGCGCGUGUGGAGGAUGGAUCAGAGUUUUAGGUUGGGGUGGUAUCGCGGGGAGAGGUGGUGGGAGGUUGGGCUUGCGGUUUGAUUUGAUAUGGUAUGUGUAAGCAGUUUGUUAUUCACUUGGAUAGAUAGACGUUUAAGUGCGCGAGACUUUAGACUACGGGAGCGAGGCAUGGCCCGGUGCAUACGGACAGGCAUAUAGAAUGGCAUGGUUUUGGCUUCUAGACUAGAAGUCGGGUAGUGCGCAAUAGGAGUAUUUUAAUUAGACUGAAGUUUAUUUGGGGUAUAGAAGCGUGUAAGAGUCCUAUUCAAUUUACACGAAAAAGCGAGUUCAUUGGGGCUGAGAA